AGGCUCCUCGGCGGCUCGGCGGCGGGGCCGGGCCGCGGGCCACCAUGCUGGGCCUGGACGCGUGUGAGCUGGGGGCGCAGCUGCUGGAGCUGCUGCGACUGGCGCUGUGCGCCCGAGUCCUCCUGACCGACAAGGAGGUGGGGCAGCUGCCACCAGAUGAGGCACUGGAUGAGGCUGUGCCGGAGUACCGGGCCCCGGGGAGGAAGAGUCUCCUGGAGAUCCAGCAGCUGGACCCAGACGACGAGAGCCUGGUCAAGUACAAGCAGGCGCUGCUGGGGCCUCUGCCGCCUGUUGUGGACCCCAGCCUGCCCAAUGUCCAGGUGACCAGGCUUACACUGAUGUCUGAGCAGGCUCCAGGGCCCAUCAUCAUGGACCUAACAGGGGAGUUGGCUGCGCUGAAAAACCAGGUGUUUGUCCUGAAGGAGGGUGUUGAUUACAAAGUGAAGAUUACCUUCAAGGUCAACAAGGAGAUUGUCAGUGGCCUCAAGUGUCUGCAUCACACCUACCGCCGGGGCCUGCGCGUGGACAAAGCUGUCUACAUGGUGGGCAGUUACGGCCCGAGCGCCCAGGAGUAUGAGUUCGUGACUCCGGUGGAGGAGGCACCCCGGGGCGCCCUGGUGCGGGGCGCCUACGUGGUCACGUCCUUCAUCACCGAUGACGACAGGACCCCUCACCUGUCCUGGGAGUGGGGCCUCCACAUCCGGCAGGACUGGGAGAACUGAGUGCCCCCUGCCUGGGUGCUGACUUCCCAUUUGGAGUCCUGGCUUCCCCCGCCUCUGUCAGUUGCUGCAAGGGACCCCUGAGCAUUCCCCAGCCCCCUGUGACCAGCCCCACCAAGCCCUCUGUCCUAUCCCGGGAUGCCCCCUCCCCAGGCUUGGCACUGUGCCCUAAACAGUCCUAUUAAAUGUCGCUCUGUCUC